GGUUGCGGUUGGAAGACCAAGGGGGUGGAAGCGGAUGGAUUCUGAUUUUUUGAGGAAGCCCCUGGAGGUGGGGAAAGGAGAGAUGGAAGAGGAAAUGAAGAUGGAGAGUCAAAACCUUGAUCCAGACCAGGGGUCUUGCUCUCUGACAGAUGAAUUAAGUCAGCAGCUCUUGAGCCAAGAAGCCCCUUCUCCAAAGCUGUCUGUGAUUGAACUGAGCAAGGAGCUAGACUCCAAGAGUGAUUUGAUCGAUGACAAGGAGUUUGAUAUUCCCCAGGUUGAUACUCCUCCAACACUGGAAAGUAUUUUAAAUGAGACAGAUGAUGAAGAAGAGCCUUUUGUUCUUGAAGAUCCUUGUCUUCUGAAUGUUGACAAUAUUGACACCCACUCAUAUGAUACCUCUUCUGUUGCUAGCUCCGACAGUGGGGAUAGGACCCACUUGAAAAGGAAGAAGAAGCUUCAUGAUUCUUUCUCUAUCCAUGGCUCAGUUAUACGGCUGUCACUUUUGAAAGGCAUUUCUGCACAAAUAGCAUCUGCGGCAGCCAAAGUGGAUGCUGGCACACCCACUGCAAUAGCAGCAUCAAGUCUCAUAGCAGUGGGAACAUCUCAUGGGCUAGCACUGAUAUUUGAUCCCAACCAGGCUCUUCGGCUUUGUUUGGGCAGUACUGCAGUUGGAGCACAGUAUGGAGCCAUAUCUGCUCUUAGUAUCAACAAUGAUUGUUCAAGACUUCUGUGUGGUUUUGCAAAAGGAGAGAUUACGAUGUGGGACCUAGCCAGUGGGAAGCUUUUGAGAUCAAUAACAGAUGCUCAUCCUCCAGGAACGGCAAUAUUACACAUUAAGUUUACAGAUGACCCAACUCUUGCAAUUUGCAACGACAGUGGAGGUUCAGUUUUUGAGCUGUCAUUCAAGAGAGUUAUGGGGGUGCGAACAUGUGAGUCACGCUGUUUGUUCAGUGGUUCCAAAGGAGAAGUUUGCUGCAUUGAGCCAUUGCAUGCAAAGACUGAACUGAGAGACCAUCCUAUUACCCAAUACUCUCUGCUGGCAAUGGCUUCCUUAACCAAGAUUCUUGUCAUCGGAUUGAAACCAUCUUUGAAGGUGUGGAUGACUUUUCCGUAUGGUCGCAUGGACCCAUCCAGUGUUCCACUGCUGGCUUGGCAUUUUGUUGCAGUGCAGACAUCUGUGAAUCCUGUGCUUGCUUUCUGUCGAGGAGAUGUUGUUCACUUUCUUCUAGUAAAGAGAGAUGAAUCUGGAGCAAUUCAUGUUACAAAGCAGAAGCAGCUGCACCUGCAUUAUGAUCUUAUCAAUUUUACUUGGAUAAAUUCUCGCACAGUCGUACUUCUGGAUAGUGUGGAAAAGCUGCAUGUGAUAGAUCGUCAGACACAGGAGGAGCUUGAGACUGUGGAGAUUUCAGAGGUUCAGUUAGUUUACAACAGCAGCCACUUCAAAUCACUGGCAACAGGAGGCAAUGUCAGCCAAGCACUGGCAUUGGUGGGGGAGAAGGCUUGCUACCAGUCCAUCAGCAACUGUGGUGGUCAGAUCUUUUAUUUAGGUACAAAGUCUGUGCAUGUGAUGACACUGAGGAGCUGGAGAGAACGAAUAGAUCAUCUUCUGAAACAAGAAUGCCUUAAUGAAGCUUUGGCACUUGCUUGGUCCUUUCAUGAAGGGAAAGCAAAGGCUGUUGUAGGUUUGUCUGGAGAUGAGCAGAAACGAAAGGCUGUUGUCACUGACAGAAUGGUUGAAAUCCUUAUUCAUUAUGCUGAUCGAACUAUGAAGAAAUGUCCUGACCAGGGUAAAAUCCAAGUGAUGGAACAGUACUUCCAGGAUAUGGUGCCUGUCAUUGUUGACUACUGCCUUCUGCUUCAGCGAAUGGAUCUGUUGUUUAGUCAGAUGUAUGACAAGAUGAGUGAAAAUUCUGUGGCAAAAGGUGUCUUUCUGGAAUGUCUUGAGCCGUACAUUUUGAGUGAUAAAUUGGUGGGAAUCACAGCUCAAAUUAUGAAAGAUCUGCUGCUUCACUUCCAAGAUAGAAAUUUAAUGGCAAACAUGGAGGCUUGCAUUGUACAUAUGGACAUCACCAGCCUAGACAUACAGCAGGUUGUCCUCAUGUGUUGGGAAAAUCACCUUUAUGAUGCCAUGAUCUAUGUCUAUAACAGUGGAAUGAAUGAUUUUAUUACUCCCAUGGAGAAAUUAUUCAAGGUCAUUGCUCCUCCCCUUGCUGCUGGCAAGUCUCUCUCAGAUGAGCAGGUGAUUAUGGGCAACAAGCUUCUUGUUUAUAUCAGUUGCAGUUUGGCAGGUCGAGCUUAUCCACUGGGCAAUAUUCCUGAAGAUCUGGUGCCCUUGGUUAAAAACCAGGUCUUUGAAUUUCUUAUCCGUUUGCACUCAGCUGAAGCAUCAGUAGAUGAAGAAGUUUACCCCUAUGUACGUACGCUGUUACACUUCGAUACUCGGGAGUUUUUGAAUGUGCUUGCAUUGACAUUUGAGGACUUUAAGAAUGACAAGCAAGCUGUGGAGUAUCAACAAAGAAUUGUUGACAUCCUUCUCAAGGUUAUGGUAGAGAACUCUGAUUUUACACCUUCACAAGUUGGAUGCCUCUUUACUUUCCUUGCCCGGCAGCUUGCUAAGCCCAACAACACACUGUUUGUGAACAGGACACUAUUUGACCAGGUCCUCGAAUUCCUCUGCAGUCCUGAUGAUGAUUCACGACACUCCGAAAGACAGCAGGUUCUUCUAGAAUUGCUCCAUGCUGGAGGCAUAGUACAGUUUGAAGAGAGCAGACUCAUUCAAAUGGCAGAGAAAGCUGAAUUCUACCAAAUUUGUGAAUUUAUGUAUGAACGUGAACACUGCUAUGACAAAAUCAUUGAUUGUUAUUUGCGUGAUCCAUUGAGAAAGGAAGAAGUUUUUGGCUAUGUCCAUAAUAUACUCUCCAUUCCUGGGUAUAGUACAGAAGAGAAACAGUCUGUGUGGCAAAAAGCUAUGAAACACAUUGAGGAGCUGCUAUCAGUGAGUCCCUCUAAAGCAGCAGAUAUGAUUUCUGUCCACUUCAGUGACCAAAUUGAACAAAUCAUUCAGACCUUGCAGGAUCAACAUUUGCUUUUUCAGUUCUUGAAGAACCUACUUGACCCAAGGGAAGGUGUCAAUCAAGACUUGCUUCAGCUCUCUCCCUCUGUUACUGAACAGUUUAUUGAAUUGCUGUGUCAGUAUGAGCCUGACCAGGUUUUAGAGACUUUACAGUUCCUGGAGGUCUACAGGCUGGAAGAGACAAUUCAGGUUGUCCAGAAAUAUCAGCUGCACGAAGCUUCUUCCUAUCUGCUUGAGAAGAAAGGAGAUAUUCAUGGUGCCUUCUUAGUUAUGCUUGAGUGGCUACAGAGUAAGCUGUUGACACUUACAAAUGACAAUGAAAAAUCAACAGAAUGUCCUUCCUUAAAGAAUAUUGAACUUACCUUAGUGAAAACAAUUGCGCUUUGCCAGAGGAAUUCGCACAAUUUAAAUCAACAGCAGCGAGAGGCGCUGUGGUUUCCACUGCUAGAAGCCAUGAUGUCCCCACAAAGGUUAUCUAAUUCUACUGGGCUAUGCCUUUAUUCUGACUUUUUGAAGAACCUGACGAUGCAAGUGCUGAACAACAUGGCAUCUUUCAUUGCCCUACCAUCGAUCUUGCAGAGAAUUCUACAGGAUCCAGUCUAUGGUAGAGGAAAACUUGGAGAAAUUCAGGGUCUUGUGUUGGGCAUGCUGGAUAGCUUUAACUAUGAGCAAACUCUUCUUGAGACCACAACUAACCUACUCAACCGUGACCUCCACUGGUCUUUAUGUAAUCUGAGAGCAUCUAUGGCUAGAGGUCUCAACCCCAAGCAAGAUUACUGCUGUAUUUGUCUUCAACAAUAUAAAAGACGACAAGAGAGUGCUGACCAAAUCAUUGUCUUCAGCUGUGGUCACUUGUACCACUCUCUCUGUCUCCUGAGUAAGGGAUGUGGCAUUGACUCAAAGGGACAGAUGAGAUGGACUUGUUUUAAAUGCAAUGCAAGUAACAGAAGUGGUAAACUCAGUGAGACUUCCUCAGAGAUUAAGAAAGGGACCACAGUAUCUCUGCCACAGACUAGUUCAGAGUCCCUGUUGGAUCCCCAGCAAGCACAAGCUUUUGACCAGCUCUGUCGUCUAUAUCGAGGGACAUCGAGGUUGGCUCUUCUGACUGAACUCUCUCGAGAUCGUGGUGGCGAAAAACACGGACUCCUCCAGGUCUCCCAGGGUGAUCCUGCUCUGAACAGUGUCUUCCAGAAUGAGACUUUCCAGCUUCACCUCACUCCUCCUCCCGUUCUGGAUGAGUAAUCUGUUUGCUAGCAUUCCAGAGCAGCAGUAAAGCAAUGUGAGAGGUACCUGAUAGCACUUCAGUACCACAUCCCUACUGAUGGAACUAACUCAGAUCACUCUGUAUGAUACAGAUUGGAGGCUGCAAGAAUGCUGAGUCUUUGUAAGGAUCAUCUGUUUUUCCCCUUGUGACUUGCUUGACAAAGCAGAAGGAAUAGCAAGAAAUGUCUUUGGAUCUUUGUUUUUUCCCAGUGGUUUGAACUGUAAGCUAUAAACUGCUUUGUCGACCCUAUGCUGUUCAUUACAGGAGCCAAACACAACAGUACUUGAAGCAGCUGCACUAAGCCUCAGGGAUGGAGUGUCUACAGCUAGAGAUUAUUCAAACAAUUGGAGCUUAUUCCCGUAGAGAACAGAACAAAGGGGAAAAGAAUGAAUGCUCCUCUUCCAAAUAUGAAAAUUUACAAACUUCCCCCAAUACCUUGUUUAAAUUUAGAAGAAGCUGUGGAACUCCAUAGUCCGAACUUCACAGUGGCAGCUGAUUGAAGGCAGAACCCAGCCUCCAGGGGCACCCUGUUUGCAACAACUUUUGCAAAAUUAAUGUCUGUCAUGUUCCUCCUCUGAGUUCAACCACUCUGACAAACACUGGCCUCUUCUGAUGGGCUAAAUGCAGAUGCUUCUUCAGGAAAGCAUUGCUCAUUAGCAUCAUUAACCAGAAAUUCUGUAAACAAAGCAUAUUGCAAUAUACCAUUCAGCCAGCUUGAGGGAGGCAAAUACUUGGUGCCAGCUUGUGUGUGUUCUGAGGUCUGCACUACUGGUGUGCCAGCAUUUGCACAGAUCCCUCACUGUUUCUAGCAGAGCAAAAGAAAACGGCACAUUCAUCAUUAUGAUGGCUGCUGCUGAGGCAUUGAGCUGCAUGGGAAGGACAUCCUUGUUCAUUGUCUCCUACCCUAACCCGUCCUGUUUAUAAUUAACUCUGUACUAAAUAAAAGGGGGGGGAAAUCAAAGGGAUAUCAGUGGAUUUUUUUUUGCCCUGUGCUGAACAUCAACAAGAGCUUGCUGGAAGAAUGUGUUUUAGUAUGAUUGAAGGUGAAUACCUCCUGUUUCUAAACAAUAAAAGCACAAGCCUCUCAAAAGCAUCCUAAUGUCCUUAACAUCUCCAAAAAACCCCAGCUGGCAAUUGUCCACUGCCUGUUGAGGAGGCUUCCUGGUUUUAUGAAAUCUGCCAGUAAAGAGAACAAGUAGAGCUCAAGGGCUGUAUCAAGGCCAACAGUUUUUCACAUGAUCUGCUACAGCAACUUGCACGAAGAGCUGAUGACAGUGUGCGUCAUAUUCCCUGAUCUCUUAUCAUUUAGCACUCCUUUUCAUUGUGAGUGGUCUGGCCACUGAGACUCUUCCCAACCCUGGCACAC